CGCGACGGUCAUAUUCACACAGUGCGACAACAUAGCUGUGCGUGCCUCCAAGAACUUUUCCCCCAAUAUUGUUAGGAAAGAGUUUUUUGGAAUCAUGGAUGUCCUAUCUGUGGAGGACUGGAGCAAAGAAGCACGUGAGAUGCCGGCUUCCCACUCGCGGCAGCAGAAUUGCGGGAGCCCGAGUGAGAUGGAGAGGGGAGGGAAGCAACAGUUCGAGGAGUCCCGCUACGAACCUGGGCUGACGCUCGUGGACAGCGACAGUGACCCACGCGCCUGGCUGGCUCCUACUUCUGGCACCUGCGCGGCACACGCCACUUCACCUGACUACCUGCGGCACUCGCCAUGUCCGAGUACCGGCUCCUACCACGAGAGUGGCUCCCCGGGCUCCUCAGGCCAUCCCAGCCCUCCAAGCUACAGAAAACCUGCCAAGAGCCUCACCUCUUCUUCGCUCAAAGUCAGGGAGUUGUGCCGUCUUAAAGGCUCAGUCACCGGGCCCGAAGAGGAGGCCUCCAUGAGACAGAGAGCCCCUUCCAGCAAACCUGUCAACGGGAUCCAAAAGCAAAGGAGAGUAGCCGCGAACGCGCGGGAAAGGAGGCGAAUGCACGGGCUUAACCACGCGUUUGAUGAGCUGCGCAGCGUCAUCCCAGCGUUUGACAAUGACAAGAAGCUCUCAAAAUACGAAACUCUGCAGAUGGCGCAGAUUUACAUCAACGCCCUCGCUGAGCUUCUCCAAGGUCCGGUGUCCUCCUCCAGCAGCAGCAGCAGCAGCAGCAAUAACGACAUCUCCAGCAAUAACAACUCGCCAAAGUGUGACAUUAUGCUCUCAACCACCGCUGUUUACGACGGAGCGAAGGACAGUGCCUCCCAGUCCCCUACAACAUGCAGAACAGCGGACGCUGCGCCCGUCUCAGGUAGCAGCUUACCUGUUCACAUCAGCGGGGUGCCUUUCCGUUCCUCCUUCGACCAAAGUUCGUUUUCCACUAGAGUCGAAGAAUCGAAGUGUUCGCCCUCUCCUUCGACAUCCGUUCGGGCAGGCAGUUCGCAGUUCGUAAACGGAAGGAAAGCGUCUCCCCGGAGCGACGGAGAGUUUUCCCCGCACUCCCACUUCAGUGACUCGGAUGAAAUAGCAAUGGAGCUUCAUUCAAGUGAAGAAGAUGAUCUCUCAGAACUUAAGCUGCCCGCACACCAUCACCGCACAAUUAGUUUCUAAAUUUCUAAAUAAAUACACACAGUACAGCAAAGUUUCUCUAUAGCCUACAAUAAAAUAAUGUCCAUAAAACGUGUCAAUCAUAGCUAUAGUCUGUUGUUGACGAAAUGCAAUUUUAAGAGGAAUUCUUGUUCUUUGCAAAAAAAAAAAAGUUAUGUUUAAUUUAACUUGUUACAUGGUUUAAAGAUAUUUUUUAAUGUGAGUAAGGCCUAAUUCGAUUCUGCCAAUAAAUGUCUAUCCUAUAAUUUUCAGUCUCCAUGGAGACGUGGCUGGAAGACCCCUCUGCCAUGUCGCGCGCAGCACUGCCACGGGUAUUUCCCACGUCACUCCAACCAAAAAGCUGUCUUCCACAGAAAUCAUAACUUUAUUGAUAAUUGCUUAUAUUUGAUAAUGUAAAGACAUUUUUUGUAGCUAUGAUAUGAGUUUUUGUUGUGAUUUAUGUUUUUAAUCGAUCAUUUGUUUGUAUAAUGAAUUUUGUUUUGCGACUUAAAAAGUUCAUGAUGUGCACUUUAAACUAUACGAGCCAGAGGCUUCAGAAAUACGACUUUUUUGUUGUUUUGUUUUCACACCAUUAACUAUAGGGGUUUGCUUUGUUUGCUAGUGUAGUACUGCCAACUUCAUACAAAUAGCCUAUUUAAUGUAGCCAUCAUUGCUGCCUUCUUUUAUAUUUUAAUUUUGUAUCCUCAUAUCAGCUUGUGUGUCCUUUUUCUUUCACUGGUUGAGAAAUGUUGUUGUAUUUAUUGCUCAUAGCAUAUGUUCCAUGUG